AUGUCAGAGUUCUGGUUAAUUUCAGCCCCUGGAGACAAGGAAAAUUUGCAAGCCCUGGAGCGAAUGAAUACUGUAACCUCCAAAUCCAACCUGUCCUACAACACCAAAUUCACUAUUCCUGACUUCAAGGUGGGGACCUUGGACUCCCUUGUUGGUCUGUCUGAUGAGUUGGGGAAACUUGAUACCUUUGCUGAAAGCCUCAUAAGGAGAAUGGCACAGAGCGUGGUGGACGUCAUGGAGGACUCCAAGGGGAAAGUCCAUGAGAACCUCCUGGCUAACGGAGGUUUGAAGGAAAAAAUGAAAUGUUUAAAGAUCGACUUGACAUCCUUUGUGACUCACUUUGAAUGGGACAUGGCGAAAUACCCUGCAAAGCAGCCGCUGGUGAGCGUGGUGGACACACUUGCAAAGCAAUUGGCACAGAUAGAGAUGGACCUGAAGUCCCGUACGGCUGCCUACAGUGCUCUGAAGAUGAACCUGGAGAACCUGGAAAAGAAGUCCACGGGCAACCUCUUCACUCGGACAUUGAGCGAUAUUGUGAGCAAAGAAGACUUCGUGCUGGAUUCAGAAUAUCUCAUCACUCUGCUGGUCAUUGUCCCCAAGCCAAGCUAUGCACAAUGGCAGAAAGACCUACGAAUCCCUCUCGACAUGGUGGUCCCUCGGUCGACUAAAUUGAUUGCUGAGGACAAUGAGGGCGGCCUCUUCACCGUAACUCUCUUUCGAAAAGUGAUCGAUGACUUCAAAACGAAAGCCAAAGAAAACAAGUUCACUGUCCGUGAAUUUUACUAUGAUGAGAAAGAAAUUAAAAGGGAAAGGGAGGAGAUGACCAGAUUGCUGUCCGAUAAGAAGCAGCAGUACCAAACUUCCUGUGUUGCUCUUAAAAAGGGAUCAACCACCUACCGCGACCACAAGGUUAAGGUAACCCCGCUAGGUAACCCUGAUAGGCACUGCGGGCAGACCGACAGAGAGAGAGAGAGUGAGGGCGAGGGCGAG